AUGUAUUUCACAAAUUAUGACGUGCAAGCGUUUCAAAAAAUAACAGAGGCAAUUCAUGUAAACGAUAAUGAGAUCGUUCUUCCAAGAGAUGACCCAGAUUAUGACAAACUUCAUAAGAUUAGACCUCUUAUUGAACACCUCAAUAAAAAAAUUGCCGAAGCUUUCAAACCAUCUAGUGUAUUGGCUGUUGAUGAAAGCAUGAUACCUUUCAAAGGCCGGUCUACCCUAAAACAAUACAUGCCUUUGAAACCAAUGAAGAGGGGAUACAAAGUUUGGUGUCUAGCUGAUUCAAAAACUGUAUACAUACAGAAAUUUGACAUUUAUACGGGUAAAACUAAAGAUCAAACUGCAACGGAUACAUUGGGAGAACGAGUGGUGCUCAAUCUAACAAGUUGUUUGGAAGGUACUGGAAGUGUCGUAGCAUUUGAUAAUUUUUUUACGACGGUCAAACUGAUGAAAAUAUUACAUGAACGCAACAUUUAUGCUCUCGGUACUGUAAGAACAAACCGAAGAGGUCUUCCCGCAAUAAUGAGAGAAAAAGUAAAGCUAGGGAGAGGGGAGUUUCAAUUCAAAAGCAAGGAGGACACUGCAGCCAUCAAAUGGAUGGAUAAUAAACCAGUGACCAUUCUUACAACAGUAAAUAGCCUAAGUACAACUUCAGCAGUCCCGAGGAAGAACAAGGAUGGAAGCAUUACUCAUGUAUCGUGUCCAACUGCUAUUGCCACAUAUAUUGAGAUUAUGGGAGCUGUUGAUCACUUUGAUCAACUUCGAGAAAGAUAUGAAAUAGGACGACGUUCCCGAAAAUGGUGGCAUCGAAUCCUGUACUUCCUAAUUGAUCUGGUAAUUGUGAAUGCCUUCAUUCUCUGGAAAGUAAGUAGAAAAGAUUCAGGACCUCAAGACCAAUUACAUUUUCGACUUCGGCUAGCACGGCAACUGAUUUCUGGAUUUUCAAGUCGAAAACGCAAAGGACGACCUGCAAGUUUCCUGAGCAGCAAGAAAACUGUUCCAGAUGACGUACGAUUGACUAAAGUGGGUGACCAUAUACCAACUGUACAAAAAACAUAUAGACGUUGCCGUUUGUGCUCUACUAAAGGACAUGAGAAGCGAACAAGAUACGUUUGUACAGCUUGCAAUGUCCCACUAUGUAUUAAUCCUUGUUUUCUGAAAUUUCAUGGAAAGUAA